AUGACUCCUGCGUCGGUGUCCUUGUCGAAGAAACGUCCCCUACCGCGAGCCCGACACGCAUGCCUCAGAUGCCGGAAGCAGAAGUUGCGAUGUGACGACACCAGGCCGUGUGCCUUAUGCCUGCGUGUUGGGGUCGAAUGCAGAGAGCGUCCUGAAAACAAGGGACUGGUGAAGCCCACCGCAGAAUUUCCUGGGAACAAUGACACAUCCAACGUUGGCCCGUCUGAUGCAGGCCAGCAACGUGCUCUCUCUCCACGAACCACGCUCUCUCUUGGCCGUCGACCGAGUCCUGCGUCUACAUUCUCGCACAGAAACCCCCCUCCAUCAUCCACACGGAGCCCGCCAGAUUCUAGGAGGCGAUCCUCCGAGGUGUAUCAAGAAAGAACCUCCACCUACGAAGUCGUGGAUCAGCUCUUUAGAGAACACAAUUCAGCAGCGAGGCUAUUCCAUUCGACUGAUGCGAUUCCUGGUAGCAGCCCCGAUGCAAGGUCUUCUGAAGCCAGUGGGCACUAUCUUCCCAUAUGUGAUCUGCUUGAGAUGGAACUGCCCCCCUCCCAUGUAAUUGACUACGCCUUGGAAAGCUAUUCAGAUUCUGUGCAUUGGUUUAUGUUAUUGUUCCACGAACCGUCUUUGAGAGCUGAGCUACAGGGGCUCACCACAACGGGCUUUGUUCGCGCGGAUCGAAUCUCCUUUUUGAUCCUCGUCGUGUUGGUCAUUGGCAUCGGGGCAAAGUACUCCACUAAGUCCGAAGCUGAAGAAAUAUGCCCAGGGUUUGACAUGGAUGGCCUCGGAAACGGGCUCAUCCACAAAGUCGAAGAGCGACUGCUUGAUGUCUUCGAUCAAGCUAACAUUGAGGCCGUUCAAAUCUCCCUCCUCCUUUCUUCAUACUAUGCCUACCAUAGCAGACCGAAUCGCAGCUUUGCUUUGAUGGGGAGUGCUCUCAAAGUCGCUCAAGCCUUGGGACUGCAGCAGGAAUCACACUGGAAAAUGGAUGAUCCUAUUCUACGAGAGGUGUGGCGACGGUUGUGUUGGGCACUCUAUACAGCGGAAGUGUUUAGUGCUAUCUCUUUUGGGACUCCCUGCAACGUCCAUGACAGCGACUGGGACGUCUCUUUCCCGGGAAACAUCGAUGACACCUCAACGACUUGCCCGGGAUUCGAAUCAGUGGAAAGCUAUGAGGACGAGACAUUCGGACCAGUCACCGUUGCAUCCUACCAGAGAUACAAGUUUCGACUUUAUCGAAUUGCUUCGACAAUCACUCGAAACAUCUACCUGCGGAGUGGCGCAACACUUGCUGAAGUUGUCAGGGAAAUCAAAGCAAUCAAUCAUCGCCUGCUCCAGUGGGAGAAAUGUAUACCGCAGGAGUUGCGACUGAAGUAUUUGAAGCACAACAGCGCAGACAAGACGAGUACCAGGAUCGUCAGAACCUUCCAGCUCCAAGCCCUCGCCCUCCAACUCUCUUAUGACAAUAUUCAGUUGGUGCUCCAUAGGCCUCUGUUGACAAUAAACCGCGUGCCUCGAUGGCCUCAUGCAGGACCACAAGGAGGAAACAUCCCAGACCAAAUGAUGGUUCACGCUGGCGACGAUACAGUUGACACGACGAUGAUCAAGACAAGCAAGUACCAAUGCUGGGUUUCUUCCAUGAGAACGUCCAAGAUUGGCGAACACGCUGAGAUCCUCGCUGCUUCCCAGAAUACCCAUGGAGCAGCUUACGCUGGGAUACAGUCGUUCACCGCUGGUGUUGUCCUGGGCAUCUUCGCGUUAUCAGAUCCUCUCUCGGAUCAGGCUCACCAAGCGAAACGUGGUGUCAGCAGAAUUAUCAAGCUGCCUCGACUUCACCGAUUCCGCACGACGGUGUCUGACCAGUGCGGUGCGAUUCUUGAAGAGCUUGUUCGGUUGGUCCUCGCGGAGGAGAUGAAAGCUUUAUUGACGGAGGCAGAGUCGUCUGGUCAAGAUUGUGUACAAGACAGGUUCACAGAUGAACGGCCUCCCGUUGAUCAACUCUCUCCUGCUACGGAGUCUUGUGGCAAGCAAUCUACGGUCGAUGAAAACAAUGUGCCGGCACAGGACGCAAAGCUUUCUGACGGGAGUGUCACCGACAUAUUCGAGCUAUUUUCUCAUAACAACGUCGAGCUGCCCCGAGAUAUCGCUUCUGGCAACUUCAGUGACGCUCUUGUUUCUCUACAAGAUGUGUUUCGUGAUGGUCGUAGCGGGCUCAACACCCGCCUCGGAAAUGGCAGUCGACAUCAAGAACAAGCCGGUCUGUCGUCAAUAAGUGGGACAUACCCAUACCUGCAACCUCUCUCGGGUCCUCCUGCAAUGUCAAACAGCAGGGUGCCCAAUACUUUUGAUGGCACUUCUCAGGCCUGGAUCUGGGAUGAUCUACUCUGGCUCCCGGACGUUACUUGA